CGCAGUGAAUAAUGGUGAAAAACAUCAUUCUGCGGGCUUGCUCAUUUCCUCAUUUCCGGGCUUUGUUUACUUUUUGAUUACACACACUGCAAACCUUUCCUGUUCAAGUUCCAUAGCCUGACAACCAGACCGUUACAGAAGCACAAAACCACACUUAACGAAAUUCGCUGAACUCAUUUUAAUUAAAUUUCAUUUGAGACGUUGUACUGCUGAUUAGAAGACCAGAGGCACCUUCGCGGUGUGCCCAUUCUACGUAUAGAAAAAAAUGUAUUUGUACGAGGAUACCGAACGGUCUGUGUACGCGUGGAAUGCUGUGGAUGUGGAAGUUGACGGACUACAGCAGCACGGCCAUGUAAUUGGCCUGGAAGAUGUCGAUAAAUUUCCGCCGCGUCUGAUCGUCGAUUUUGGAUGUCCGUCUCAGCGGUCUGCGCUAGUUAAUUAUGGAAAGGUUUUCGAUUGCUCGCAGCCAGGGCAAAGCAUCCCGAAGCGACGAGCUUCAGUAGAGGCGCUGCUGCGCAGCCACCCCGACCAGCCGUGGAAAUGGUACCCCGCCACAGUCAUGAAGGACCAGAUUGCGGAGGGGAAGUAUGCCCUGGUGGAAUCAAUGCUAGACGGGCAUCGCGUUCGCGAACUCCUUCCCUGUAUUCAGAUUCGGCAGCGUUUGUCGGCAGAGGCGCUCCAACUGAAAAUUUUACAGCCCGGUCAUUUCCAGAUUAGAACGUGUAACGUACCCGAUCAUAACCGGCAUGUGUUGGACCUACUUUUGCCGGCCAGGUUCCGUAAUGACAAUUCUGAACGGACACCUCGGGCUCGGUUGAUAUCGAAAGCCGGUGGAAGUAUGCGAUACCUGCAGCGAUUCACCGAUUCCCCGCUAUCGACCCGAGACGCCGGUUGUCAUCACGUCAUCACACGCUAUCACAAUCAUGCCGAUUUCCUGUUCACAAUCCCAUCAUGCCGAAGAAUUUUGGCCGUGAUAACCUGAUGGGAUGAGUGAUGGGAUUGGGAAGUGAAGGGAUGAUUUCCCAGUGCCAAGAAGUUGGUGUUUUAGCGGCACAUUUUACUGCGAAAUUACGGAUGAAGUUACAGCUCGACACUGGCUUCAAACUGGUUCCGUUAACGACCGAGGGCUCGGGAACUGUAACAGAUGAAGCGCAGUCCAGUACCACAGAACAGUGUAGUUUGUCGCUACCACUGGUACUAUUGACCGAAAUCUUUCUCUCGCUGGACACCAUCGAUCGGAAACGCUGCCGACGUGUCUGUAAUCUAUGGGACGAGAUUCUCACUUCGGCAUCAGUGUCUCAAAUUAUCCACAUCUCAUUCGAGCAACCCAGCUUUACCGCCCGGUUGAAGAGCUGCCGGAGCGUGGAUUACGUAGCGUACGGUUGCAUCUUCAAGCACAUAACGGCCGCAACGCGAACCCUAUGCUUGCGCAAUUGGGAGGAAAUUAGUAAUGAUGGCAUCAUCGAAAUGGAGCCAGAGCGCCGCCUGACCACCGGAAAAAUGAUGGUCUGUGUCAAGGAAGCGCUGGAAGACAUUGGUGCCCGUCUGGAUCGGUUAAUUGUACACCGGCUGUCAAUCUCAAGUGCCCGCUUCAGCCCGAUUUUGCUGACGUAUUUUGGAAGCGUCGCCGAUCUGUAUUUCAGUUUAGCGACCUGCUGUAAUCGUGUGAUUUGGAAGAAUUUUUCGUUAAGCUGCCACUAUGGACUGAGUGAUUCGCGUAUUGAGUUUCGCUUUCCCUACGCGUUCUUCCUUCUGCGCAGUGUGGAUACGGCACAGAUUUGGGAUCUGUUCGAACACCAUGUGGUCUGCAGCGAAGCGAUGGACAUGGAGCUACUAGAGUACUGGACAAAUGAACUGAUUACCCGACAGGUAAACGAUGUCGGCCAGAAGCUGGCCGAGGCAAUUCUGCUCCUGGAUGCGUACCAACGACACGGAUCCGCGUAGAUCCAACCACUACUUCCGCCGGGUGUGGUCUUUGUCUACCCUGGACAGCUUGGAUGUGAGGAAGCUGAACAAGUUCUGUCUGUAUGCGUGGGCUACUUUCAUUGGAAAACUGGAUUUCACGUCUUAGGCAGAAAGUGGCGCCCAGUUAUUUAGAUGAUCUGUCCUGUUUUUGUACAAAUUUUUAUUUUUGUGGCUGCUAUAUCUUGUUGAUGUACGUAGCAGAGACUCCCCUGCAUUAACGCGAUACUAACAGUCAGAAAAUUAUGCAGUCCGGUACGCACUCGGCAACAAUUUCACUGAUAAUACCGUUGUGGAGCCAACACCUAGUGUCGAUAACCGGGAAGAUUAAACUUUCAUUUCCUAUAUAC